AUGGACAAUAACAUGUGUUUAGAACACCAGGCCUUCAUCCUCAAAUUGCCAGACGAGAUUUUGGAUGCGAUUAUCAGUUUAACGGCGCCGGUGUUGCGUAGCCACAGGUGUUUACCCGAGCAUUCUAAAGUUUACGAGAUGGCCAUUGCGCUUUCUCUUGUGUGCAAACGCUUUCAUCGAAUUACUGUGCCAUACAUGUAUAUGGAUUUAGGGAUCAACACCAACGAUGACGCCUGGAGACAACCGAAGAAAGUUUUCAAGAACCUUCAUCGAAGCUUCCGAGAGAAUCCAUCACUUUGGAAACUUUGCCGAAAUCUCACAGUGAUCUGGAGCAAAUCAAACGACAGGAAUCUCUAUAUUGCAGCAGAUUGUCUUACCUGGCUCACUGCCGCUAAGACCUUGACCUUCUGGGAUUUGAAUGGCAAGAAGGCAUGGGAGCUGCUCCGAUUAGCUACCGAACAAAAGUCGGCUUGUGAUACUCUGUCACUCUCCUCCAACUACAAUUACGACCUCCACCUACCAUUUGUGAUAGACGUAUUAGGUGAUUUUACGUCUGGGUUUCUCCCCAAUCUCAAAAAACUAAACCUAGACGGGGUUUCCUUUUACGGAGAUCAAAUGUCCCAGGCAGCACUUAGGGAAAAAGCGGGAAUGGCCCCGUUCACGAAACUUCAGCUCUGCAGUUUUCUCCUAACUCCAAAAUCUCUCGAAGGACUUGUCCGUUGGUCGAGCCGUCUAGAAGAAUUUGAGCUUAAAUACACAUUUGGUGAUGACUAUGCUACCGAUGGAUUUUAUAGCGAUUGGAGGCUGGCAAAAUUGCAGCCAAUUCUUUCUGUUCAUCGAAAAACCCUGCGGUCGAUCACAUUAUACGGCAUUGGCAGCCCUGGGUUCGAUGGCUUUGAUUUGCGCCAGUUUGACAACCUAGAGGAACUCAGCCUCUCAUCGCAAAUAUCAGGUCAUCAAGGCCCCAGAGAGAGGACAAUUUACCAACCCCCUGACGGUCUUUUCGCAUCGCGCCUUCGUGUCUUCCACUGGGAUUUGACUCUGCUGGAUCAGCAACUUGGUGAGAGUUUGUCCGACUUCGACCAAGAGGAAGAAGACUGGCUACGACUAUUUGCACGCAAGGCAAUUGAGUGCCGAUGUCCACUUCAGAGGAUUAAAAUCAAAUUUACCCCCUGCGACUGGCAAGGCGCUGGAGAUGUGUAUCCGUGGGAUAGAAUGGAUGCUAUGGGAGCUGAUUUACGGCCCCACGGCAUUAAAGUGUCUUACAACCCUCCUUCUAUCAGCAGGGAGCAGUACAUGACGUAUAUUGCGAAUUCUGCUCAAAAGGAUCCAGCGCUGGCUGCCGAAAUGGAAUGCGUCGGAAAUACCAUGCUGGCUGGAACUGUCGUGCCGACAAUCUAA